AUGACCCCUAAUGAGUAUGCCUUCUCUCCUCUUGAACGUAAAAGACCCUCCACUGACUCCAGUGAGAGGUUAUUUUCUCCUGCUAAGUUCUUGAGGUCACCUGAUGAUGAGGGCAUUGAGACAACACCCCCUGCAUUUAGAUUAGAUGAAGGACGUUUCCUCUCAGAGCGUGCCCUUGGCCUUGGAGGACUACAGGAAAAAGUCCAGGGAAUCCCUCCGGCUUUCCUCAAACCUCUCACCAAAAGGAGAGUUUUUGAACAUGAUUCGUUAUCGUUUUAUGCUGAGUUGUUUGGGUUGCCUUCACCUGAAGUGAAGUGGUUUAGAAACAAAACCCAAUUUGUUGCAGAUGAAAGGAUUACAAUGGACAGAGAUGGUGACAAUAUCUCGCUUGUUAUUCAGAACAUUACGAAAGCUGAUCAAGGUGAAUAUAUUUGCGAAGCUGUUAACUAUGUAGGAGAGGCAAAAAGCGUUGCACUAGUUGUAGUUAUAUCCAACGAGGUCAGAUAUAUGCUCCCACCACCGUCAGUCACCCAUCAGCAUGUGAUGGAGUUUGAUGUUGAGGAAGACGAUGACUCAUCGAGGUCUUGCUCCCCUCAGGAAAUUCUAUUGGAGGUGGAGUUGGAUGAAAAUGAGGUUAAAGAGUUUGAGAGACAAGUGAAGAUAAUUACCAUCCCAGAAUACACCGCUGACAAUAAAAGUAUGAUAAUAUCACUCGAUGUUCUUCCGAGUAUGUACGAGGAGAGUGGAGUUGACUUUGUAACGCAGGAAAGGGAUGAUUUGAAAAUAGCUUUUGAGGUCACAGAAAUGCCGCCUCGCUUCAUCAACCCAAUUUGUGAUCUGGAAACCCCUGAGAAUACAACAGCAAUGUUUGAGUGUUCUCUGAUGGGAAUUCCAUCACCCAUAGUAUCAUGGUUUAAAGGUAACAAAAAGAUCCCUCACAAUAACAAUAAAUACUUGCACUCAUCUGAUGGAGACAAUCAUUUCCUUAAGAUUAGGAACGUCAGCGCUCAUGAUAGUGGAAUAUACUCCUGCCGGGCCAUCAAUGUGGUUGGGGAAACUCUUUGCAGGGCAUCUCUUCUUGUGUUGAAUCCUAAAAGCUUUAUAGGAAAAACAAGAGGGAGAGAAUUGACAGCUGUGUCACUUGGUAGUGCUAAAGUUCAGCCUCAAAAGUUUGACUUGGUUGUUGGGAAUCAGUUUGAGGGUGAGCAAGCAUCAGAAAUAGAGCUGGAAUUUGAAUUUGAGCAGGAAGCUGAUGAAUCACAAAAGGCUGUUAGACUUGUAGCCAUGACAAACAAUAAGAUGAGCGAGCAGGGACAGAAAUAUGUCAGUAUAAACUUUGGCGUUUUCGCAGAGCCCGCCAAAGAUGACAAAAUAGAUUUCAAAGGAAAGUCAUCAGAAUUGUGUAGUUUCCGGUUUCAAAUGACUGAAACUCCACCAAAAUGCAUUAUUCCUUUGACAAACGUUACCACAGCAGUAGGAACUCCAGUGGUCCUCCAGUGUUUAGUGAAUGGUAAACCUCAUCCCACCGCUGAAUGGUACAAAGAUGGCGAUCCAGUGAAAGACACUCGGUACAUGAUCCAAGAGAAAGCAUCUGGACAUUUUAAUUUGAUCAUCACAAAUGUCACCCAGAAGGAUGCUGGAGAGUACAAGUGUCUUAUCCAAAACAAGUCUGGAUAUACUGAAACAACUGCUUUGUUGAAAGUGUUCUAA